GUUCUUCUCGCCUCUCAGAAUCUUGGUAAUUACGGGUUCUCGGUUUCCCCAGUUCAGACUCUCUCGCCCACUCAUCCAUCCAUCUCAUCCGUACUCGUACGGAAACACAUCCAUCUCUUCCCAUCUCAUCGUCCAUUCGCUACGAUUCGAUCCAGUCGAAUCAACUCUCAUCUAUUUAUCUCGCUGCCAUCCAUCCUCCACGUGAACGCAAUUCCAUCGUUUAACCAGAGCAUGUAAAUCAUGCAUUGACCGUUCAACGGAGUGUACAAGUCUACGACCGGUCUCUGUUGCUCGCUUAUUCCUCCAGCGGGCUAGGUCGCAUCCGAUCAUCUGUCACAGUUGCUCCCUGCAUCCAUUCCCCGUUCAAGCUGGAUCUUGCGACACCUUCGAUCAAACACUGCCAACUUGCCGCAUCUACUGUCGCUCUCUUCACACUCCGACUGCUGCGUGUCCCAGUCCCCGGCCGAGAGAAUAGCAACUUCGUUUUCCUCCUUAUUCCCAACUGUGGGAACGAUUCGUGGCAAUGAGUCCAUGCAACACCGCCGAACAGCCUGAGGCCCGAUCUGCUGCUCAAGACAUUCCUCAACCACCACGCUCGCAAGAAGAAGCGACCACAUUUACUCCCGUCGAGAUGUCUAGUCUACACAAGAACAACGUCCCCACCUCCGAACCGGAACCUUCCUCCUCAUCACAACAAGACACAACCUCGGCGGAGGCCUCAAUGAGCGGGCCUGUGAGAACAGACACAAACACCGCCAUUGAACAAUCCAUGCAACCUCCUCCGCCGCUUCCUCCCCCAGCAGUUCCCGAGUCGCAGCCUCUUUCGCGGACACAUACAACUGCGAUUGGUCCAUCUUCAGAUUCACCAGUCGUGCCGGCAAAGGAUGUCGAGGUGACCGGGCCGGUUUUGGUGGUGACAUUACUUCUCACAUCGGGAGCGAGACACCCGUUCAGACUAGACAACAAAUAUCUGAUCAAGAGGAAUGUGGAAGUGGCUGAAAACGACCCAUUCAAUCUCAGUGUAUACAAAUUAAAAGAGCUGAUACUUCGCGAAUGGAGAGAGGAAUGGGAGACAAAACCCAGCAGUCCAAAUUACAUCCGAUUAAUUAGCAUGGGCAAGAUGUUGGAUGAUAAGGCAUCCUUGAAAGAUUACAAGUUUGGCACGGAAUCACCAAAUGUUCUGCAUAUGACAAUCAAACCCCAAGAUUACAUUGAAGACGAGGAUGCUAAGGGCGGCAAGUCCUCAAUGGCCGGGAACCGCGAAGCUGAGACCAGGAGCCCAGGUUGUCGAUGCAUUAUAAUGUGAUGGACUUGGCUCGAUCAGAGUACAAGCUCAUUCGAACUCGACGAAAUUUGGCACACCAGUCUUGAAUGUCCUCACUCAUAUUCGAUGCAACAUCAAUGCCUUGGAGUCGACUGUGUCGAUGCAAACUUUUGCUUUGGUGUUAAACCUGGGGCGAGGCGUUGGGUGGACGGAUGCGAUUAUCUUUCCGUUCUGCUGGAGUCUUUUCCAUAUGUGGACAAGGAGAGGCAGUCAGUUUUCUUUUUCUCCUUCUAUUACCGCCCCGGUCUCGUCUGGUACUCGUGUGGCGGUCGGUGCCCAUAUUUUUUCCUUUCUUUUUUCUCUUCUAGAUCAGCGCUCCUUUUGGCGGUGAAAUGGGCGGUGGCAGAAGAUAGACGGCGCGUGUGACGACAAAUGGAGGACAGAGUGCUGCAGACGUGCGUGGAAGGUCUCGCUCGACAAGACUGUAUAUAAAGACCAGGACCUGGAAAGGGCCGAGAUAUGCCACUGAGCUUUGAAAAAUUGAUUUGGGCCCAGGACAAUGUUUGGGGGAAACGGGAGUUGUUGCGCUGCGGCAGUCGUACAGUAUUCAUCAUCAAUUUUUUGAGGUCAUGGAGCGAAUAUACUUUUGCUUUGAGAAGAGCACAACACAACCAAGAUCACCCAAAACCCUUGAUUUUUCCGAGCCGGCUCUCUGCGGAUAGCUGAAAGCCCGUUUUACCUUUUCGUCUUUAUGAGGGUUUCGAACUGUGGAAAAUGAACGGUAAUGAUUUGUAUUAACUACUCGUGUGACACUCAAGAUCAGACCAGCGG